AGCUAUGUUGUGCAAAGCGCCCAAUAGAUACACUGACUUGUAUGUGUUUACUCUGCACGUCGUGCCCAUUCAGAUGUGAAGCUUUUUGGGCGUAACUUGGCUGCGUGCAGUCACUCUGUAUCUGAGCUUACAUCGGGCCUGUUUGUUUUGCACAGAUAAACGGAUCCUGCUCACGAGGUGGAUUUGCAAGAUCAAAGAUGGCGACGUGCGCAACGGACGGGGAGAACAAUGAGAGGACCGCAAGUGGUGAUGUGGCACUGCCUGCCACAUUUAGGAAGCUGGUCUGCACCAAGUUGACUCCACACUUUAGAGAUGCAGUGUCAAUCGAAACCGUUCCUAUGCUAAAACCGGGACCACAAGAAAUACUCGUUCGUAACAGAUUCGCCGGGAUAAACGCAGGCGAUGUCAACAAGACUGCCGGCCGAUAUAACCGGGCCGAUAAACCUCCUUUUAACAUCGGAUCUGAGGCUGUGGGUGAGGUUGUUGGCGUCGGUAGCGAAGUCAAAAAUGUCAAGAUUGGACAAGGCGUGUGCUGCUACUUGGAAAUGGGGGCAUUUUCGGAAUAUCAGGUAAUUCCAGCUAAGUUGGCCAUCCCAGUCCCGUCGGUGAAGCCUGAACAUCUUGGUCUGUUACUAAGCGGAAUGACGGCUGAUUUAAGCCUAAGAGAGUCUGGAAGGAUUAAAGAAGGAGAAACUGUUCUGGUGACAGCUGCUGCCGGAGGGACAGGACAAUUUGCGGUCCAGUAUGCUAAACUGGCAGGAUGUCAUGUUAUAGGAACCUGCUCUUCAGAUUCCAAAGUGGAAUUCCUUAAGGGUCUUGGCUGUGAUAGGCCCAUUAAUUACAAGACGGAAGACUUAGGCCAAGUGCUGACGAAGGAAUACCCUGCCGGAGUGGAUGUGGUGUUUGAGUGUGUUGGUGGAGAAAUGUUUCACACCUGUCUUCAUAACCUGGCCGCCAAAGGGCGCCUUAUCGUCAUUGGCUUCAUCUCUGGAUACAAGGCAUCACAGAUUGUAGCACCGACGAUACAACCCGAGGAAACGUUUCGGUUGCUUGGUAAGUCUGCCAGCGUGACUGCUUUCUUGCUCUUUACCUUCGCUGAUCAGUGGCAGGAGUCGUGUGCCAGACAAGCUGCUCUCUUUGCCAAGGGAGCAAUCAAAGUGGGCGUUGAUCGUGGGCAGAAUAGUGAGAGAGGAGCAUUCAAAGGAGUGGAGAGCAUUGUGGAUGCAAUUGAUUAUAUGUAUAGUGGCAAAAGUCAGGGAAAACUUGUGGUGGAGGUGAAUGGGCCCCUUCCGUCUCCAGGACUGUGAUUGGCCACACAUCGAGAUUAAAGAGCUGUGAUUGGUCAGUCUCAAAACAUCAUAUGAAAAUGAUUGGUCAGCCAAUAGAUAUAGUUAAUUGGCUUGAAAACAUUGAGAAUAUUCAUACGAUAGGUAGUGGUAUAUAUGCAGAGUAGAAACAAGGUACUUUUAAGCUAUAAUAAAAAAGUUAAUUUAGCAAAGUUUCACUCCAUGACAAUUCAGUUUAGAAAAAAACUAAGGACGUUACGUAAUUUUAGCAGUUUUAGUUACUCUUCUUUAGUUUUUUAGUUAACUCGAAUCUAGCCACGGUGUAAAGAUUUCACUUAUUGGGCCCCCACUUUCUAAAUCAAGUUCAAGUCGUUGUUAAUACGUGCUUUUUUGUCUUCAAAAUUUCGAUUUUGUUUUCCAACGAAAUUUAAAGGAAUAUUAUGUCCUGUAACAAAUAAAUGUGCUUGUUUGUUUUUGCAGGCCUUUGCAGUUUUAAAAAGUGGCUUUUAAUUAAAUGGCGCGCUCCAGUUGCGCACACUAUAUUCAGAACGAAUUAGGAGCGUCCCGCUCUUAAUUCAAUAGUUGAAAUUAAUUAAUUGAUUACUUGUCGUGGGCCGAUUAUUCCGUGCGAUGUCUCAUUUGAAAGCUCAUAACCAAUGUAAUGCUUGUCGAAAAUUAUCCAUUCCAUUUGAAAAUCAUAGGUGCCACAAUCUAAAAGCACGUAUGCACCAACUUUAAGGUGUGCCAAAUUGUAAAUUCAUUUGUAAUAAUGUGAAUAAAUUUCUAAAUUUAUUCACAUUAUUCAUAACUAGGAAAACUCCAAUGAUUGGUCGAAAGAAAAUCGAAAAGCGAUUCAACAUCCCAAACGUCAACAAUCUUUUUCAGUUUCCCGCUCUUUCGAGUUUUUUUCUAUUUCUACCCAAUAUCUCUCAGCUAUGGCCAGAAGCUAGUUCCAGCUGACUUAACAGCAACACUUUUCUGUUAAA